AAUGAUUUUAGGGCUUCAAUACAAAUAGUUGAAUCAUAUCCAUUAUUUUUGAAUGGAGAAUAUAAUAUGAUGGUCAUUGUCACCGCAAGAUCUGCAUAAUACCCACAAGAAAAUUGCGAAAAAUACCCAAGACAAAGACGUACAACAGAUGAUGCACAAGGUAUCACAAAUCAUAGCAUACACGUAGAACUGCCGAUGUUAUAGCCAUCGCAAUCCCUUUUACAUGCCCAAAUCACAUUGGUCUCCACGGCGAUCGACGACCUAUUGAGGCAAAACUUACCGCCACAUCGACGACGGAUUGACGCAAAAUCACAGCCAUGUCGCGAGAAAGAUUUAGGAAAGCUCUAUUGCCUCCUGGAGCUGAGAAUAUCGAGAAGUUAAAGAACCUUGUAAAAGAAGGGAAUUACUAUGGGGCUCAACAGAUGUACAAAACUAUUAGUGCAAGAUAUGCUACAGUAGGAAGAUUUUCUGAAGCCUUAGACCUUCUUCAGUCAGGUGCAUGUCUCCAAUUAGAACACGAGCAGGUAACAUGUGGGGGUGAGCUUGCUGUGUUGUUUGUGGAGAUGCUAGUCAAAGCUAAAGUUGACUUUGAUGAUGACUAUCUUGAUCGUAUCAGAAAAAUCUACAAGAAGUUCCCGCGAAUUCCUUUGCCUCAAAACUUGGGGUUGGAAGAUGAUGAUGAGAUCCAUCGAUUAUCUGAAACCCUUGGAGCUGCAAAAACACGGGUUGAAAGCUGCACAUCAUUUCUGAAAGCUGCUAUUAAGUGGUCUUCAGACACUGGACCUCGUAAACUUGGAUCUGCAGAGUUACAUGAUAUGUUGGCUGAAUACAUAUACUCUGAAUCACCAGAAGCUGACAUGACUAGAGUGUCGUUGCAUUUUGCAAGAGGCAGAAAUCCAAAAAAGUUUGCUUCAACCCUCGUGAAUUUUAUGGGCAAGUGUUAUCCAGGGGAAGAUGAUUUGGCAAUUGCAAGAGCAGUUUUGAUGUAUCUAUCUGUUGGUAACCUGAGAGAUGCUAAUAAUAUUAUGGAUGAGAUAAAGAAACUUGCUUGGGCCAAAGAGCUUGAGUUUCCAGAGUCUGAAUUAAUGCGCUUUAUCGACUAUCUCUUACAGACGUUAAUGAGAGAUGCAUUGCCACUAUUCAAUAUGUUGAGACAAAAAUUCAGCUCCAGUAUAGAAAGAGAUCCUAUGUUUAUCGAGUUGCUAGAAGACAUUAGGGAAAAGUUCUAUGGUGUACGCCGAAAAAAUCCCUUACAAGGGAUGUUUGGAGAAUUAUUCAAGAUGUGACUUGAGGGAAAUAUCAUGUUCAAACACAACAAAAUGUGUCGUAAACUUUCCAUAUCAGUGUCAUGUAAACUUUAUUCUAUUUGCUUUGCUUCAAAUUUGAAAUCUAUGUAACAUAAUAGUAUAAUGGGUUUAUGAAAUCUAUGAAAACCUAAGCUAUCUAAAGCUGCUCUUAACAAAGCAUUAUGGUUGGUCUGGUAGAAGAAGAAGCCUGGAUGUAACACAAUGUUCAUAGUCAACUUUAGAAGCUAUAAAACGGGUACAUCUUGUUUAAAACCUAGACUGAUUGAUAACUUUUGUAGUUCACACAAUGAUAUAUUAUGACAAUGCUUGUAUUUUUUACUAAUUGCAAAAAAAUAGUUUCUUUUUCAAGCCAAA